AAUUCGAUCGGCAUUAAUUUGCUCCACCGUAGGUGCGGGAUUAUUAGAUUUUACCGCGGGAUUUUCCAUAAUUAUUUAAUUAAAAAAAUACAAAAACACAGAGCUAACCUACAAAUUCAUACCCCGACGUUUACAUUCGUUUCCUCUUCGAAAACCCGUAUAAGCCCAGACCCAACUAUAAAAACGGCAGUUCACUUCCCCUCGACAACAAUUCCACCCUCAAAACAAUUUCACUCCGAUUAUUUCUUUAAAAAAUAUAUAUAAACAACCGACAAACAAGAGGUUAACACUCGCCACUGGCAUUUGUUGAAUCACCGGCUUGCGAUUUCAAAGAAUUCCGAAGGCUUUCCAAAUUAGUACCCAUAACCCCCAGGAGUGGUCAUCGGCUCCAAAACUCGUCCAAAUAAAUUGAACAAAAAUCACAAAGCCCCUAAAACCCGCAAACUCGUAAGUAACAACAAUCUACAACAAUUUGAUCAAAUGAACGUCAAGAACUGUGAAAAAAUCAUGGAAAUCCCCACUUCAAUUAUAGGGAUUAUCACAAUAAUUACCCGAUAUCUCAAUAAUUUAAAACCCAUUCAACCCCCAAAAAUGCAUUAAUCCCCCUAUCCCAGACGGUAAAAAAUGAGUGAAUGGCCUGUGAAGAGGGCCAGAGUAGAUGUUAAAGAGGAUUUACCUCUGGACCUCAGCAUGAGAUCAAUUUCCACAGGAACAGAGUCGGAAAAAUCCCAAGAAAGUCCUUCAAAUUGUCCCAGUACUCUCCCAAAUCACAGUGAAAUCACCCAGAAUUUCCCGCCAGACGUCCCUCUGCGUCUCCUCUCGCUGGAGUUCUCCCUGACAAAAACCCUCCAAAAAAUUUUAUUCCCAGCUCCAGUGGAGUACCUCUACAGUCCGAUUGAAUACGCCUUCUCAGUUCACUCGAAUUAUCUCCAAAAAUUUUGUAAGCAUGAGAAGAAAAUCCUGUUCCUGGGGAUGAAUCCGGGCCCCUGGGGUAUGUCCCAGACUGGUGUACCCUUUGGAGAGGUAAAUACAGUGGUAAAUUGGUUGGGACUCAGUGGUCAUAUUGAUAAACCACCCAGGGAACAGCCUGCCAGGAGAGUAACUGGAUUAUUGUGUAAAAGAAGUGAAGUAAGUGGUAGACGUUUUUGGGAGUUGUUCAAGGGACUGUGUUGCACUCCAGAGAUUUUUUUUCGUCACUCAUUCCUCAGGAAUUACUGCCCAGUGGCUCUGAUGGAUGCUGCAGGUCGGAAUAUCACUCCUGCUGAGCUGAAGGAUCCUGAGAAGAGCAGAGUCAUUGAACUGUGCGAUUGGUUCCUUGUGGAGAGCAUCAAGGUCCUCAGGGUUGAGAAGAUUGUAGGGAUCGGUCGAUUUGCUGAGAGGAGGGCCAAACACGUUGUCAAGACAUUCGGAUUGCCCACAGAAGUCCUCUGGAUGCCCCACCCGAGCCCAAGAUCUACUGGCAGCCAAGACUGGAGUACGAAAGCCCUAAAUAUUCUGAAUAAUUUGAACCUCUCGAAAUUCUUCAGUCAUGAAGCAAAUAUCCCAGCAGUCAUCAUCCCUCCAGGCAAUGAGUGAUGAGGCCCUCAGA